ACCUGCCGUGGCAGCGAUGGGACGAGCACGGAGAAAUGACAGCUUGUGCAGGAAUUUAGGCUGAACCGCAUCCCAGCUCAGGCGGACGGACAGGACAGCACUGCCGGCUCGGUCGAACUAUGUGACAGCUGGAGGUUCUUCGUUCUGAGGCGUUAUGUUUUAUUUAUUUUUAAAUCUAGGUAUGGAUUCUGUGAAACGGGUGCUAAAGUUGACCCGGCGCUGUCCUUUCGAUGUUGCGGUGCUCCGGCUGAAACUCGGCUAGAUUUGAACGCUUGUGGAAAUGCUCCCUCUCUCCCGGCGGGACGGGGACGUUAUUUGCAGCUGUAGGGGAGAAAUAACGGGAGCGGCUGUGAAGGGGAUAACGGAAUUACCUCUUUGACCGAAGAACUGUGAGCCGCCGAUCACCCUGAAGCUGUCCAGGAUUUCACCAGGCUGAUGACACUGGAGACUUUCCAGUCAAUUGUUUUAUAGGUAGACUUCUUUUUGCAUGUUGUUUUUUGUGCGCAAACCCCACAAUUAGUGCAAAUGCACUGCAUGGGCCGUUAAUCCGCACAUGUAUAAACACGUUCAGGAUAACGCUCUAAAUCUCACUUUUUAUUGUGAGGAAUUAUGUUUUUGCGGAUUAAAUGGAGAUAAGGCUGCUACAUGUAAUGUGAAAUUCACCUCUGGGCAUCAUUUUUAUUAUAAUUCUGGACAUAUAGCAUUGGCUAAGAUAUAAUCGUGUAAUUACAAAAAUGAUUACACAAAAGAGAAUCUGACGCCAAGAUGUAGAUUUAGUAGUUUUAGUUAAUUAUUUAGCUCAUAAUUACCCGAGCCUUUUACGUGCACCUUUCCAAUGGAUGCAUGUUGCCAAAAGGUCAAGUCCUUUUGUGAAAAAUCGCUUAUGAAGCAAUGACUUUUAACUCUACAGCAUGAACACAUCUGUGCACGCAUAAAGGAAAGUUUCUGUUUCUGCACUUGUUUGAUGAAGUUGCGUUUACGCACCGGAAAGCAUGUGCUCUACAAAUAUGAAGAUGUUCCAGGCCCGUCUUCUUCUUCUUUUUUGAAAGAAGGUUUGAAUCAAAUAUGUGCACAGAUGCAUGGCUUUUUUUUCAGGAGACAGCCUGCUAUAAAUAAACGCUUUUUAAUCUGGUAAACUUUUUUGGAAAACAUGAUGUGGAUCCACCUGUGGUGAUUUUCUUGCUGUUUCCAUGCGUAUUUCUUCUUCUCCAGACCUCUGGACGUUGUUGUGGAUUGUAUUGCUAUUUAAUGCAAUGGGCUGUAUCCAGAGUAUCAGGUGUAAGCCCAAGAGUUUCCGAGACAGUAUCACCGUCCUGGAGGUGAACACUUCUAUCGACCCCAACCCCACCAGCAUCGACGAGUCAUCCAACGUGGUCCUGCGCUACCGGACACCGCACUUCCGAGCACUUGCUCGGGUCCUAGUGCCGCCAGUAGCCGGUAAAGAGACAUGGACCAUCGGCUGGAUCCAAGCUUGUAACCACAUGGAGUUCUACAAUACGUAUGGAAACAAAGGGAUGUCAAGUUGGGAGCUCCCCGACCUGCGAGAUGGCAAAAUCCAGGCUAUAAGCGACUCGGAUGGGGUGAACUACCCGUGGUACGGCAACACCACGGAGACCUGCACUGUGGUGGGCCCCACAAAGAAGGACAGCAAGUUCACUGUUAGUAUGAAUGACAAUUUCUACCCCAGCGUGACCUGGGGUGUGCCCGUCAGCGACAGCAACGUGCCUCAGCUCACCAGCAUCCGCCGCGACCAGAGCUUCACCACCUGGCUUGUGGCCGUUAACCAGGCCACCUCAGAGACCCUCGUCCUGCAUACAAUCCGCUGGAGGAUGCGGCUUCAAAUCCGAGUGGACCCGGAGAAGCCUCUGGGUCAAAGGGCUGCUCUGAACGAGCCCGUGACCCAGGAACAGCCUCAGAUCCUGGGCAAGAAUGAGCCCAUCCUCUCCAACGCCAUGGUCAAGCCCAACGCCAACGACGCCCAGGUGCUGAUGUGGCGGCCAAAGAAUGGUGACCCCGUGGUGGUCAUCCCACCCAAAUACUGACCUGUUUCACUGACCUGUUUCACUGACCAGACUGGCCUUGGAUACCUUAACAGUAUCAUCUCUUAUUUUUAUUUUGUUCCUGCUCGUCACCAGCUCUCACUGCUUUAACCCCUCCGCUCAUUUUUGCCUCUUCGUUUAAAAAAAAGACUGAACGAGAGAGAAAAAAAGGCAAAUAAAACCAGCUCUGUGAAAAAGACCAGCUGUUGCUCUGAGGUGGGGGCUUUUGAAACUGGAGCGAACAAACUGCAACCAUUCUACCUUCAAAUUGGGUCGGGAUCGCACUGUGCUAAAUGAAACUUUGCAAAAAUGAAAAACAAGAGGAUUUCUUUGUUUUUUAUUUCAGUUUUAUAUGUUGUGAUAUGAGGUUUGUGAGUGUGGGUUAAGUAUUUACAUGUCUGCGCACAUGAUACAUACAUGGAAAUGCACAAACCUUGUGUAUGAAUACCAGUUGUGUUUUUAUUUAUA